GGUAAAGUGGAUUGGUCGUUUUGAUAGGGGGGUGGGGUCGGGGUUAUGUGUAUUUUCUCUCCCACUCACCAAUUAGGUUCUCUUAAUCAACCUCAAGAUCAGCCUCAUUCUCUUCUCAUUUUACUGCCUAUUUCUUUUGCAAAUGAGAUAUUUGACUGCUCCAACCGCUGCUCAGAAAUGUCCGAGCUCACGGACGAAUCUUACAAAACACAACCUGCCUUGUAAACAGAUACGUUUGCUCAAAAACAAUGAGCUUUUUCAAAAAGAAAUAUUUGUUAUGCAAAUGAAAACAGAUGAUUGACAGGUUGACAUUUAAAAGGUUGGCAUUACCCUUGAUACUCAGAAAUCACACGGACGUUGGGACGAUGUGAAAUUUACAGCUUUACAGCAUAACAUACGGCUUGUCUGUUAAGAUCAUGUGCUCCCUCUAGCCACCUUUACACCCGGUCUCGACAUCCUUCUGCUGAUGUGAAGGAGCUAUAUUAAGUAAAGAAUAAAACCUGGCAAUAUUAAAUAAAAUAUCAACAUUUUUACAGAUUUUUUUUCCCCCUAUUUCAGUAAUAUGUUUUAGUUGAUGUUAAACAAAAUGUUACAUCUUUACUGAUAUUCCCCCCCCCUUUCAUAGUGUUAAAUAAUUUCUUUUUGUAGUUAUGAAAUAAUAUAACUUUCUCCUUAUUUUCAAUGUUAAAUUUUUCAUAGAUUUUAAUAAAAUUUUCCAUGUUUACAGAUGUAUUUCUCUACAUUUUAGUAUUAGCUAAUUUCUUAGCUUUUUGUAGAUAUUAAAUAAAAUAAAAACUUUUUUUUUUUUUUUUUACAGAUUUUCUCCUUUUCAGCUUUAAAUAAUUUGUCUUUGAUGAUAACAUUCCUCAAAGGCUUUUUUUUUAUUUGUUUAAGUUUUUUGUAGAUACUAAAUAUUAUAAAAUAUUUUCACAAUUACAGAUUUCCCUUCUUUUCAGUGGUAAAAUAUUUAUUAAAUAGAAUGUUAAGAUGUCUACAGACAUCGUCUUACUUUUCCUCCACCAGAGUGUUAAAUAUUCAAUUUUUGUAACUAUAUAUAUAUCAUUAUACAUACAACAUAUAUAUAUAGAUAGAUAGAUAGAUAGAUAGAUAGAUACUUGACUGAAAUGUUUCUCAUGAUCUUAAAAACAUUUUGAUCUGAAGGUGUAUGAUUAAAUGUUUGAAAUCAGUGUUAUAGACGAAAAUAUAAUUGUGCCGACAUAUUCGUUUCUUUCAUUAGAAAUAUAUUUUUUUACAAUUUUUUUUUUAUUUACAAAAAUUUUUUUUAUUAUUUACAAAAAUUUUUUUUUUAAAUGGAUGACUCUUAAGCGAAAUAUUCUGAAAAGAAGCCGAUAAAUGUCCAGCGUAGGUUGGAGCUUCUUUAAUACUGUUUAAAAACCAUCUCAGGGAAAUUCCUCAAGAAAUCGGUUGAGAAAGUGCCAAGAAUACAUUUCUGGAAAUUCUCGGCAAAAAGGGCGUCUAUUUUGAAGAUGCUAAAAUAUGAAAUUAUUUUGACUUACUUUUGAUAUUUUGUCACAACAUAAUUCCCAUAGUUCCUUUUGUGUUAUUCCAGAGUUUUGAUGACUUUAUUGUUAUUCUAAAAUAUGGGGAAAAAAAUAAAUAAAUAAAAAUAAUGACCAGUAGUGUGUAUAUAUAUAUGUGUGUGUGUGUGUGUGUGUAUUGUAUUACAUACAAUUAAAGGAAUGUGAGCACUCACUGAGAAUGAUCUGUGUGUUUUGCUGUUUUUUGUGUUACAGAAUUGAAGAAAAAAAAGAAAAAAGGCAGAGUUCAUCACCUUGAACAGCUCCAUUAUCUCUUGAGCUUCUUUCAUGCGACUCCCUGUGCCGGACUCCACAGCCAGAAUGAACUGUGAGCAGGACUUCGGAGACGGGGGUAUGAACGUCACUCUCACCCUCAGGUUGCUCAUGCACGGCAAGGAGGUCGGGAGCAUCAUAGGCAAGAAAGGAGAAACGGUGAAGAGGAUACGAGAGGAGAGCAGCGCACGCAUUAAUAUCUCCGAGGGUUCUUGUCCCGAGCGGAUCAUCACCAUCACCGGCCCCACAGAGUGUGUGUUCCGAGCCUUCACCAUGAUCACGAUAAAGCUGGAGGAGGACCUGGCUACUCUCGUGGCUAACGGCACAGUAACCAGCAAGCCUCCAGUCACGUUGCGUCUGGUUAUCCCUGCCAGCCAGUGCGGCUCUCUAAUUGGAAAAGGCGGCUCAAAAAUCAAAGAGAUCAGAGAGAGCACAGGGGCACAAGUGCAGGUCGCAGGUGAUCUGCUUCCCAACUCCACAGAACGAGGCGUGACGAUAUCCGGGAGCCAAGAAGCCAUCAUCCAGUGUGUCAAACUCAUCUGCACUGUCAUACUCGAGUCACCUCCGAAAGGUGCGACAAUUCCAUACCGCCCUAGCCCCUUACCCGGGGCGGUACUGCUCUCCGGAAACCAGGUUUUCGAAGCUUCUGAGUUUGGGUCUCACCCUCUAUUCUCAGUGGCUCAGGGAGCUCUGGAUCUGCAACAAGCAUACACUGUACAAAACCAAUAUGGCAUUCCACAUUCAGAGCUGGCCAAGCUGCACCAGUUGUCCAUGCAACAGGGUCUGACACCAAUCGCUCAGCCAGCAGCUACAGCCGUCCUGCCUGGUAGGUUUUCUUUGCUAACUCCAUAUCACUCGUCUUUCUCAGCAGGCAUGGAGUCCAGCACCCAAACGGCAUCACAGGAGCUCCUCAUUCCAAACGACCUGAUUGGUUCCAUCAUCGGCAGACAAGGUACAAAAAUCAACGAGAUCCGCCAAGUGUCCGGGGCUCAAAUCAAGAUUGGCAGUCAGCUGGACAGCACCAGUGACAGACACGUCACCAUCACAGGCUCUCCAAUCAGCAUCAAUCUAGCUCAGUACCUCAUCACGUCCUGUUUAGAGACCGCCAAAUCCACCGCCCAGUCCUCCUCCAUGUCGAGCCCCGUAGAGCUGAACAUGAGCUUCACCCAGCCUGCCUCCCCUGCCUCGUCCUCCGCCGCAGCCCUGGCAGCGAUGGGCGCUCUGCCCCAUGCUCCAAUCUUGGGCGCCCCCUAUGCCCUCCCCCUCUCCAGCCUCCUGGGAAUGAAAUCCGUCCCCUUCCUGGCACUCUCGGCUCCUGCCGGCACAGCUGCAGCCGCCGCUGCGCCGGCCCACGCUACCCUGGCAUCCUACACAGCCAAGAUCUCUUCAGCCAAUGGCAUCAAGAAACCCGAGCGCCAGAAGUUUGCGCCGUACUGACCUUCGUCUUGAAAGAGACAAGAAAUCUCACACCUCUGUUCAAACAAAACGAGGAGUUCCUCUACUUUUACCUGUUGUAGCCGUGUAGUCAAACGAGACUUUACCCUUUUUUUGUUUUGUUUUGUUUUGAUAUAGCUUGUUACAGAGCUUGUCCUGAACUUGACUCUGUUAAGACAUUAGGACAAUAGCGUAUUUAAAUAGUUCUAUUUAUGUUUUUGUUUUGUUUUUUCCGGCUGAUGUAGCCUCUAAAGCCAUAGCUUAUUCCUAACCUGUAAUUUUCUCCCGAUCCUAAUACUCAUCUAUUGUCUGCUCUUAUUUAUUAAUGAUUACGACAUAUUCCCGCGAAAGACUUUAUACAACGAGACACUGGUGACUGAUGCUAAACACUUCUGUAUCAGCUUUUAUACAACGAUAUCUGUGUAUGCCUCUGUAUACAAACUUUCUGAUUUUUUUAGUACUCUAAACUAUAUAUUCAAAAAAAAUUAGAAAAAAAACGUUUUUAAGAAGUUGACCGGUUUAAACGCUCGCUUUGUGUUGGUUGUUUUUUUUUUGGGUUUUUUUUUUAAUGUUUCAUCACAUUUGUUUGAAAAUGGGUUAUUUAUUUUAUUUAUUAUGACUCUUUUGUUUUACAAAUCAAUGGUUUCCAUGAUAACAACUCUUUCUACUCACAGAUUUACAGAUUCUCAUUCUUCACUUCAUUUACAGAGAUGUGACUUGGGACUAAUAGUAGGUCCUUUUUCUUUUACAGAGAAUUCAGGUGUGUAUAAAAAAAAGGCCGUGGCAUUCAUGCUGAGCUAGGCUGCAUAAUGACUUGACCCACACACCCAUACACACACACACACACACACACACACAUACACUGACAGAAUAACACAAAAGCAAUACUGGACUGAACACUUUGAUUUUACUCAUAGACCCGAACAUAAAUGUGCAUCAACUGUAGCUUUUCUAAUCACGACUGUCUUCAUUCACAAGACUUUCAUACACAUAGACCUUGUUUUAGUUCUGUCCUAGUUUUUUUUUCCUCAUUUGAAUAAAUCUAUGAAUAUAACUCACUUAUUUUUGUAAAGCCAGAUCUUACGGACAGAACAUGGCCACGAUUCCUCACCAAUUCAUCCGUUUGAUGUGGUUAAUCUCGACCCUGUGUACGUACGUGUCCGUCUUUUUAUGUUUCCUUCGAAUGCCUCACAUAGUCAUUUGCAUGAAUUCAACUUGGCGUCUAUGCAAAACAUCUCUCGGUGGUUCAGCGAGGUUUCCUGUGUCAUGCCUCAUCAGCAGCUCUAAAUAACCCACUGCUGGGUUAAAGGACUGCGCCGAAAGCGAGCGACGAGGCCGAGCGCAGAUCUUGAACCGUGCGAUUAUAUAUAUAUAUAAAUAUAUAAUAUAUACAUAUACGUUCUAUAUAUUUGUUGUAUUCUAUCCAUUAUCUCAUUCCAGACAUUAACACAUAGUAACCACCACUUUAUACUGUAUAAAACGGCACAUGCAUUGCUUUAUGACAUGCGACAUUGCACUUGAACGUGAUAAUUCCACUAUGGCCAAAAUUUGAGUGUGAAAUGUUCAACUGCUUGACUACUCUCUCUAAACGUUAGUUUUUUUUUUUUGUUUUUUUUUUAUUAUUUGCACCCAGGUGUGACCUCGUGUCAGCCUGGCACGUGUGUGUGUGUGUGACUCUUGAUUUUGCUCCAUUCAUUAAUGCCAUACAAAUGAAUAAAACCAUACUGUAUUAACUUGAUUCCAGUGCUUUGUUGUUCAUUGUUCUCUCUAUUAAUAUUUCUAAAUCUAACAUUGUCUAAGCACAGCAUUGACCCCUGUGCUGCAUUCAAAAAGAAAAAAAAUAUGGAGGGACUGUGACAAGAAACAAAAGCAUUUUGGGUUGGCAUUUUAUUUCAACUUGUUUCUAUCAGGUUAAAAAACAACAACAAAAAAACAACACCUUCUUGAUAUGUGUAAUAUGAACAUGGUUCAUCUUUUUUAUUCCACAGUAUA